AUGGGAAGUGCUGCAACAUUAAGGAUCUUCAAACCAACAGAUGUCAAUCGAAGUUGUACAAACAGCCAGAAAAUCCUUCACAAGGAGCUCAAAAUUGGCCUGCAUUUUCAUCUCAAAAAAACUAGUGAAGGAGAUCAGGCUUCAUCGUGUAAAGAGUCUCAGAACAUGGGUAUGGCUGAGGAAGGUGUCCUUGAAAGCAACGCGGAGGGUCCUAUAGCUGACUUGACCGCCCACCAGUAUGACAAAAUCCGGGCUCAGCGAUUCGAUUUAUCGGUUGACAAUGCUAAUCAUGAUGAUAACGCUACAUCGGCUUCGCCGCCACCUUUUAGACGAGUGCUUUGGUUGAAACAACCCUAUCGAGAUAACUACCAAUCACGAUCCCUCAUCAAUCACUUACAUUCGAACAAAUCAUCAAUUAGAUCUCAUCAUCAAUACUCGACUUUAGUAUUAUCAUCUUUACCGCUUUCGUCUCAUUUAUCAUCUAUCACCAUUUUUAUUGGUCUCUUCUUGCACCUUCAAAACCACCAGAUUGAUCCUCAGCUUCUCAUUUGGGUCAAUCUAUCUAUAGGAUUCUUUGGCUACAUUGUUUACGAAAGAGCUAAACCAGGUCGAGAGCUUAACCAUUCAAUUUAUGCUUUAACCACCCUUCUGAUAUCGAUCAAUAUCCUAUUAGCUGAUUAUCCUUAUCAGAUUACAAAUCCUAAUGUAGACAUCAGCUUUGUUUCCGCUUUAUCACUCAAUGCGGCCAUCUUUGCAUCUGUCUUAUUAGGAUCAAGAUUAGAUUCUAAUGCAGGCGUUUUCAGUCUGACGAUCUUUGCUUUACAAUGGUUUGCUCUCUUUCCUAUCAUGCGUCGUGAUAUGAUCCGAAAGCAUCCGAACUCAGACCUUAGACCAAUCGUGUUAAACGUAUCGCUUGGGUUCAUUGCUGCUUCAGUCAUCGCUCCCAUUUCUGGCCUUGCUCUAGCUCUUUACACUUUGAUUGUUCCGAUAGGUACUUGCUUAGUUUUACCUGCAAUAUACUCUUUUGUACAACGAUAUAAGAAGGACUUGAGGGGGCCUUGGGAUUGCGCUAUUCCUAGAAUCUCUUGA